CGGUGCUAUAUUGAUUGAACUCAAGCUCCUCUACGCAUUGUGCCCCAAGCAUCAGGAGAUCAAAAGUCUCCUGAACACUGUGGCCCAAGAAGCCGAAGAGCAGAGACGGAUGUUCGGGUCACUCUCUCAGCCUACGCGUCAUAUCUACUCUUGCCUCACGUACAGGUUCCGGCGGUUGACAGAUCCAACAGCGGCAGAGUGGCGAGACAUCUGCGGAUACCUGCACGGCUCCAAUCAGCCAGCCCAUAGAAAUCGAAUCGAUGGUCAGGGGAUCUAUACACUAUCCAUAAAGCCAAACUCGCCGAACGACUAUCAAGAUUGGCUACAUGCCCGUGAGCUGGCACGACUUGAUUGAAGCUUAUAGGGACGAUGGAUCGACAGCGGGAACAGCGGCACGCCAUCGGAUCGACACGAAACGAUUGCUGCUUUGGCACGGGAAUCCCAUGCACAACGUCAUCAGUAUCCCUGAGACAGGUCUUCGCACUCGACCUCCGAACUGCACAGCCAGGCGGACAAUGUUUGGGAAAGCAAUAUACCUGGCUGAUGCGUCCAGCAAGUCGGCCAACUACUGCGGGAGCCACAAUGGCGAAGGGGCGGUCCUCGUUCUGUGUAAGGCGGAUCUGGGGCGAGGGGGAUAUCGAGGUGGCGAUAUAGUGAUCCAAGACGGGGACAAAAAGAAGAGAUGUGUGCAAGGAGUGGCUAGCAGUUUGGAAAUCAAUCAGCUGGCGUAUUGCAGCUGCGCCAGCAACAUCAGCCGCGGAAGUCGAGAUGGUGAGUUGUUAAACUUCGCUAUGAACUUGUUAACGUAACAGGGGAGCUAGCGGUAAACACGAGGUUUUCGCUAUAAUGAAUGCGCGAUGAAGAACAAGUGGUGUUUAACCCUGCGCUAUAUGGCCAGGGCGAGGAUUUGGAAAGUCGUCUGUAGGACGAGAGUAAGAUGAUGUGACGGGGCACACCCGGGAAUGCGCAAUUCUUAUGAUGUC